GGGAUCGUCCCGUGCAGGCCGCGACGCUUAAUCGGGAUUGGCUGCGAGGGGAAGAAGAAGAAAGAAGAAGAAAGAAGAAGGAGGGGCAGGAGGGGGGGGGGGCAAUCUUGAAUUAAGCAGAUAAUCUCUUGUUGGGGACGAGAGUGGCUCCAUUUCAGAGCGCCCCCUCUUCAUCCUUCUCUUCUUCAUCACCACCACCACCACCAUCACCAUCAUCAUCAUCAUCAUCAUCAUCAUCAUCAUCAUCAUCAUCAUCUUCUUCUUCAUCCUCUUCUUCCCGCAGGUCCAGUUUUGCACGAGAAGCUGAUCCGAGCUUCGGUACCCAUCAGUUUCCAGGACGGGCUCACCUGUCAGCAUGUUCGCGCACUGGGAGGUUUGCAUCUACAUUUUCAUCGUGCUGCAGGCGCACGUGAGGUCCUACUGCUGCUGGUCAGUGAAUAAUUUCUUGAUGACCGGACCCAAGGCGUACCUGAUCUACUCCAGCAGCGUGGCGGCGGGCGCCCAGAGCGGCAUCGAGGAGUGCAAGUUCCAGUUUGCGUGGGACCGCUGGAAUUGCCCCGAGAGAGCGCUGCAGCUGUCCACGCACAGCGGCCUGCGCAGCGCCAAUCGGGAAACGGCGUUCGUGCACGCCAUCAGCUCAGCUGGGGUCAUGUACACGCUGACCAGGAACUGCAGUCUGGGGGAUUUCGACAACUGCGGCUGCGACGACAGCCGGAACGGACAACGAGGCGGUCACGGUUGGUUGUGGGGAGGCUGCAGCGACAACGUGGGCUUCGGCGAGGCCAUCGCCAAACAGUUUGUCGACGCUUUGGAGACCGGCCAGGAUGCCAGAGCGGCCAUGAAUCUGCACAACAACGAAGCUGGCAGAAAGGCGGUGAAGGGGACCAUGCAGAAGACGUGCAAGUGCCACGGGGUGUCGGGGAGCUGCACCACGCAGACCUGCUGGCUGCAGCUGCCCGAGUUCAGGGAGGUGGGCAACUACCUGAAGGAGAAGUACCACAGAGCUCUGAAGGUGGACCUCCUGCGGGGGGCCGGGAACAGCGCGGCCAGCCGGGGGGCCGUGGCCGAGACCUUCAGCUCCAUCUCCCGCAAGGAGCUGGUCCACCUGGAAGACUCGCCGGACUACUGCUCGGAGAACCGCACGCUGGGCCUGCCGGGAACCGAGGGCCGCGAGUGCCUGAAGAAGGGCAAGAACUUGAGCAAGUGGGAGAAGCGCAGCUGCAAGAGGCUGUGCGGCGAGUGCGGCCUGGCCGUGGAGGAGCGCAAGGCCGAGACGGUGUCCAGCUGCAACUGCAAGUUCCACUGGUGCUGCGCCGUCAAGUGCGAACAGUGCAGGAAGACGGUGACCAAGUUUUUCUGCGUGAAGAGAGGAGGCGUCAGGGGGAGGAACGAGAGCGCGGGCGGACGACGCAAGACCCUCAAGCCCAGCAGGAAGCACUGAGCCUCGUCCGGGAUAAUUUAGGUCAAGAAAAUGUCAAGUUGGAGAAAAAAAAAGACAAUUUCCUGAAAAUAAGACAAAAAAAAAAGAAAAGACACAUUCAGGCUGUUUUCUUAAUACAACAUUUUUCGACUGACCAGGGAUUUUCUUAAAACUUCAAUUUUUUUUCAUCAAAAUUAAAGUACAUAGUGACAAGGUGAAAAUCCGCCUCACGGUUCAGAGGUUGUGGGUUCCAAUUCGGGGACCACCCUUCCUGUGUGGGCUUUUCAUGUUCUCCCAGUGCUUGCAUGUUUUUUUUGCUGCGUCUCCGUCGAGAGUGUCAGUAGCGUCACAUUUAAAGGGAACGAGAGGAGCCGCUUUGAUUGGCGGCGACUGAAGUCUGCUGUGAACGCGCCGCUCCCGCAGCAACGCAGCCCACCCACUUUUAGAUCUUGCGCAGCUCUACGAAAUUACCAACACCGGUCCUGCACGCCGUUUACGCUGUUCACAGAUAUAGAGUCCUCCAAGUCCACUAGGAUAGGCUCCAGCUCACAGAGUGACGAUUCGCAGUCGAGAAAAUGCGUGGAUAGUUUACGGUCUAAGGAAGAAUGGAAACGGAAGUUUUUUUUUUUUUUUUUUUUUUUUCCCCCCAUUUCCCCAGAAAUGUACAGAAACUUUGUAAACGCACACAAUGCAAACUCUUCUGAUGGGAUACAUGGAAUAACUUUAAGGACCAUCUUAAGUCAAGAAGCUUUCUUUCAAAAACAAAUCACCUGUGUGGAUAAUAAGUCGUCCGGAUCAUGGCAAUCCAUUUGAAUUGAAUCCUAACCUCGAUGUAUUUAAAUGUACUGUAUAUAAGAUGAAGCACUUUGUACUGUACAUUGUUAAUUUAUUGCACC